AUGUGUGCGGGUGCCGGCAAUCAGCGCAGAAGUAUCACGUUCGGUGGCAGUGACCCCCAGACGGUCUGCCGGGCAGGUGAGGAUCUGGGUCUACAUCCAGUGGAGUGUGGCGAGUACGGGUGUGCCGCAGCUGUGCGAGAGGCAGAGGAGCUCUGUCAUCGAGACGCGCUUACACCAUUAUUGGUUUGGUUCGGUGCUGGUCACAGUGCGCGGGCUGCGUGUGCAUGUGCGUCGCCGUCCGCUUCGGCGGGACUGCGUGGCGGCUCGGGCGGGGUGACCCUUGAGUGUGGAGGACUCUUGCGAACUGAGUUUGCGAAUUUGUUCGAUUUCGCGCGGCGCGCCAGCGGUUUGUGCGACGGCGUGGCGUGUGCGGUCGCCGAGUCGCCAGAUGACAUCGGCCAUGUGCGCGGCUGUCGGCUGAGCCGUGUCGGUUUGGGUUUCGUGGGAUUUCCUGUUGAGUUGUGGAGGACGACUAGAGAGUGGUCUGGGCUGCAGGAAACUGCGGGCGUCGGGACUGUCCGGCGCAGCGCUGGACUUGUCGCGCACGGUGUGGAGGUUGACGGCGGGGAGCGACUAGCUGCGAUGUUGGGCAGUAUGUCCAUCGCGGUGCGUGUGAGGCUGCAGUUGAGAAGAGGCGAUAGCGACGAUGGUUCAGCGUGGGCGCCGAGCCCGUCCAGCAGUGUUGUUGUGGCUGGGUCAGCGCCGAGUUGCCAGAGCGCAUCGGCAAUCUGCGCGUCCGUCGGCUGGGCCGCGUUGGUUUGGGUUUCGAAGGGCGCGGUUUGUGCGACGGCGUGGCUUGUGCGCGUGUGGUGCCGGUCGGACGGUAUGUGUGCGGGUGCCGGCAAUCAGCGCAGAAGUAUCACGUUCGGUGGCAGUGACCCCCAGACGGUCUGCCGGGCAGGUGAGGAUCUGGGUCUACAUCCAGUGGAGUGUGGCGAGUACGGGUGUGCCGCAGCUGUGCGAGAGGCAGAGGAGCUCUGUCAUCGAGACGCGCUUACACCAUUAUUGGUUUGGUUCGGUGCUGGUCACAGUGCGCGGGCUGCGUGUGCAUGUGCGUCGCCGUCCGCUUCGGCGGGACUGCGUGGCGGCUCGGGCGGGGUGACCCUUGAGUGUGGAGGACUCUUGCGAACUGAGUUUGCGAAUUUGUUCGAUUUCGCGCGGCGCGCCAGCGGUUUGUGCGACGGCGUGGCGUGUGCGGUGUGGGUCGAUGUGUGUGCGAGAGAGGCAGAGGACCUCUGCCAGCGCGGCCGUGCUUACACAUCCAUCGGAGCACGCCGCCCCAUGACGCCGCGUCACCAGGAGGUUUGGUUCGGUGCUGGUCACAGUGCGCGGGCUGCGUGUGCAUGUGCGUCGCCGUCCGCUUCGGCGGGACUGCGUGGCGGCUCGGGCGGGGUGACCCUUGAGUGUGGAGGACUCUUGCGAACUGAGUUUGCGAAUUUGUUCGAUUUCGCGCGGCGCGCCAGCGGUUUGUGCGACGGCGUGGCGUGUGCGGUAUGUGUGUGCGAGAGGCAGAGGACCUCUGCCAGCGCGGCCGCGCUUACAUCCAUUGGAGCACGCCGCCCCAUGACGCCGCGUCACCAGGAGGUUUGGUUCGGUGCUGGUCACAGUGCGCGGGCUGCGUGUGCAUGUGCGUCGCCGUCCGCUUCGGCGGGACUGCGUGGCGGCUCGGGCGGGGUGACCCUUGAGUGUGGAGGACUCUUGCGAACUGAGUUUGCGAAUUUGUUCGAUUUCGCGCGGCGCGCCAGCGGUUUGUGCGACGGCGUGGCGUGUGCGGUAUGUGUGUGCGAGAGGCAGAGGACCUCUGCCAGCGCGGCCGCGCUUACAUCCAUUGGAGCACGCCGCCCCAUGACGCCGCGUCACCAGGAGGUUUGGUUCGGUGCUGGUCACAGUGCGCGGGCUGCGUGUGCAUGUGCGUCGCCGUCCGCUUCGGCGGGACUGCGUGGCGGCUCGGGCGGGGUGACCCUUGAGUGUGGAGGACUCUUGCGAAUUGAGUUUGCGAAUUUGUUCGAUUUCGCGCGGCGCGCCAGCGGUUUGUGCGACGGCGUGGCGUGUGCGGUUGUCGAGGCCGACGGAGGGGGUGUGCAAGAGGCAGAGGCGCUCUUCAUCGAGGCGCGCUUACGCACUCAUUGGUUCAAGUGCCGGCCUGUUUCUGGACAUGCAGAAACGGUUUGUGCGACGGCGUGGCUUGUGCGCGUGUGGUGCCGGUCGGACGGUAUGUGUGCGGGUGCCGGCGAUCAGCGCAGAAGUGUCACGUUCGGUGGCAGUGACCCCCAGACGGUCUGCCGGGCAGCGGUUUGUGCGACGGCGUGGCUUGUGCGCGUGUGGUGCCGGUCGGACGGUAUGUGUGCGGGUGCCGGCGAUCAGCGCAGAAGUGUCACGUUCGGUGGCAGUGACCCCCAGACGGUCUGCCGGGCAGUGCGUCUGCUGGCGAAGGACUGA